ACAGAAACUGCUGCGGCUGUUGCAGGAGCCACGCAGAGAGAAAGCCACAGGCUCCGGUUUGGAGUUCAGCGACUCACUCCCGGGGUUGUUUUUUUUUUUUUUUUAGGGGCGUUUUUCUGCGUUCAGUCGAGAGAAAGGCUCGUCAGGACCCGGAUUUAUCAUGACCGAGUAGUGGGAGUUGGCGGCGACGAGGAGGCGCGAGGCGAGAAAAAAACCCGUGCAGAUGGAAGAUGCGCUGAGGAAUUUGUCUGAAGCAGCAAGGCGCUGAUACGCUCAGCCUCAGAGGAAACGGGAAGCCGGAGCCUGGCAGGCUCCAGCUGUAAGUGCUCUCUGCUCCAUCAUCUGGGACUCCCUGGCCGCCAUGGCUGCUGCUGCUGCUGCUGCUUGAUUCAUUGCACUGUGCAGAUUUCCUCAUUGUUGUUUUCCAGUGGGUUCAUGGAGGGGUUUCCUGUGCACUGACCUAGCAGGCUGCUCACUGGACCAGCUGCCAUGUCAGCUUGCAGCACCUUCACCGAGCAUGUGUGGAAACCAGGCGAGUGCAAGAACUGCUUCAAACCAAAAAGUCUGCACUGCUUGACUCAGAGCAGCGGGGGGAAGCCCCCUUCUGAGCAGAGGCCACCAUCAAACCAACAACAAAAUCCGCUUCCUGCUGGGACCAGAGCUAACCCCAACCUUACCGCUAACUCUCAACGAGCUACACGUACAGCACACAUCCGCCCUCCUGUGGCCAAGAAGCCAACCAUUGCUGUGAAGCCCACUAUGAUGCUGCCCAGCUUAUCUGCUGGACUGGAUUCAGAUGGCAACCUGCCGCAGCAGACAAAUGCAAUAGAACAAGGUAAAACAUCGGCUUUUACUGCUUGGAACCGCAAUGGACUGAACAGUAAAAGGCCUGGUGGGCCCAACAAUAACAAUGAAGGAGAAGAUGACAGUGAGGAAAUUGAAGGUUAUGGACAACUCAGCCCAAGGACACCCAGUGGAAAUAAUAAUAACAGCGGACUUACAGAUGUCCUUAAAGAGAUUGCUGGGUUGGGUCCAGGCACUAGCCCCACACUCCUUUCUGGUUCUAAAGACUUAUUUUGGGGGCGAAUCAGUAGCUCAUAUCGUAGGUCCUUAGAACGAGGUCUUCCAGCUUCCAGCUGUCUGGCUAUGGGAAGCAGUAGCAGCGAAGGUGGCGCUCAGAAGCGGGUAUCGCUUAGUGAUUGUACCAAGAUCAUAAGUUCAGAGGGUGGACGUUUCUGCUACCCAGAGUUUUCCUGUGAUGAUGAGGAUGAAGAGGAAGAUGAGGAGGGUGAAACUGAGAAAGAUGAUGAUGAGGAGCAUGAGAGCUGGGAUGAAAGCGACGAAGAACUACUAGCCAUGGAAAUCCGUAUGCGAGGCCAGCCACGAUUUGCUAAUUUUCGUGCCGCCACCUUGUCUCCAGUGCCCUUUGCAGUGGGCAAAAAAUGGAAUACGGUGCCCCUUCGAAACCGUUCAUUACAGAGGAUCUGUGCAGUGGACUAUGAUGAUAGCUAUGAUGAAAUCUUGAACGGAUAUCCCUCCAAUGGAAGCCUUCUUCCCUAUGGACCUCGUGAGACACAAAGCAGCGCUUUUCUCUCAAAUUCAGAGUCUACAACCUCUCCAGAAUCAUCAUCAUCACUACAAGAAGACUCUCAAACUAUUUCCAGUAGUGGAAGCAGUGUGUUUAAAAAUGGUUUGCUUUCACCUAUGUCUUCCAAGGCAGUUGCACCGUGUACAAACCCCCCAACAAAAGAGUCUCCCAAAAGGGCUCUAAGUCCACCCAAGGUGGCUGAGACCCACAAGGCAGUGCUGGCAAUUAGAUUAGAGGACCAGGAUGGCAAGGAAGGGAUGCCAAUGCCUCAAGCCCUUCCUGGACAGCCAGUUACGAUAAGUUUUAGUCCUACAGAGGAGCAGGCUAAACCAUACCGUGUAGUUAAUUUAGAAAAAUCUCUCAUUUGUAAACCUUACACUGUGGUAGAUGUCUCGGCAUCGAUGGCCAGUAAAGAUGAACAGAAACACGAUUCGUUGCCACGACCCAAAAACCUGCCAAAACCCUCAAGUCCCACAUCAUUCUGUAGCACUCCUUUAGUCCAGCCCCUCUCGCCGGUGUCUCCUCUUUCCCCGUCUUCUCCUUUGAGGUCAGUAUCACCUUCAUCCAUCGCUUUGUCACAAAAGAAAACCGGCCAAAUACGAUACCAAGAAGUAUGGACAUCAAGCACGAGUCCUCGGCAGAAGAUGCCUAGAGUGGAUCCGGGGAGUAAUUCUGGCCAAUCUGUCACUCCUCAGUUUUGCAGUCACAAGUCAGCUCCCACCUCUCCUAUAUCAGGCCUGUUGUCCUCUCGAACUGUACCUGUAAAAUCUCCAAAUUUAUCAGAGAUCAAGUUUAAUAGUUUCAAUAACGCUGGCAUGCCUCCUUUUCCUAUCAUAAUCCGAGAUGAGCCGGCCUAUGCCCGUAGCUCUAAGAAUGCAGUCAAGGUACCUAUUGUUAUCAACCCUAGUGCAUAUGACAAUCUUGCAGUGUACAAGAGUUUCUUGGGUCUUCAUGGGGAGCAGUCGCAAACAAAAACAGGUGGCGCUCGGGUUACUAGCCAUACCUAUGAAGAGAUUGGUUCCUCUGAGAGUGUCCAGUCCUCGUCCACGGAGAAAACUCUGUCUGGGAGAGGCACAUCAGAGCAGACUUCAUUUGAGGAGACAAAAUUUUCACUUGAAUCAGUGCCAAGUUUGCAAGUUAGAACCACUACAGAUUCAAGCACUGUAACAAGCACUGUAAUGAGCUCCGCAUCUGGGGCCCUUUCUCCCACUACAACAAUUUCUUCUGCCAGUCUUGCCAUUACUGCAAAUCUAGUUAAAACCAGCCCUGCUGCUAAUGCUGUUACACACACUUUUAGGAUAAGUGGAGAUGAUGAUGAUAAAGGUGUAACUUCAUCUUCUGGGACAGGUGUAAAUCACAGAGAAGAAGCCAGUGCAGUUCUGUCCCAGAUUGUAGCGUCUAUCCAGCCUCCUCAGUCGCCUCCAGAGUCUCCCUCAGCACAAACCAAAACCUUCAGCUCUGAGGAGUUGUACGCCCUGCCUCCUGACGCCAUGGAGGAGACCCUUUCACGACCCAAGUCUCUGUUUUCCACCACUGAUGGCUGUCUUUCCAAGCCAAAAAAGGAAAACCCCUCAAAGGUUUUGUCAAAAUCCCAGAGUGCCUCUGCUGCUGUCCCACUCGCCAGUCCCCGAUCAGAGCCCAGUGCCCCCUACCCACCCCCGAGGUCCACAUCCUCCCCUUAUUAUGCUUCUAACAUACUUCAGAGACAUUUUGGCAACUGGACAAAGAGCUCUGCCUCGAGCUCCCCAUCGCGACCCGGAGAAGGCGAAUUGAGCCCUGGCGGGGAGGGGAGACGGGCUUCAGCCGAGAGUUCAAAACCCAAAAGAUGGAUCUCCUUCAAGAGCUUUUUUCGGCGGCGGAAAGACGAGGACGAUCAGAGAGAGAAGGCAGAGAAAGAGAAAGGCAAACUGGUUGGACUAGACGGAACUGUGAUUCACGUUCUUCCACCGCCACCUACCCAAAACCAGCACUGGUUCACAGAGGCCAAACCGGAGGAUCCCACCCAGAAACCUACCAUCAUCUUCACAUACAAACCAGACACUGGCAGCAGCCCCGGGGAUGGCGAUGGAGAGCUGCGUAUAGAAGAGUGCAGAGAGACUGAUCUGCUGGCAGAAGACAGCAGGGACUCUGAACCUUUGAGCCCAGGGCAAACGACACCAUCAGAAACUGCUGGAGGAGUCGCCAGCAGCAAAGACCUCAGCCAGGUGCCGGCCAGCCAUGCCAGGGAGCGGGAGCUGCCCAGGGUCAUCCCUCUGCCUGCCAGAGUGAAUCUGGGGCUGGUGUUCGGGGACGCCCACGAGAGCCACGCCAACCAGGCCGCCCCGACUGUUACCGUUAGCGAGGGCAGCGCCAGCCUCGGAGAGCCGGAGGACGAUGGGAAUCACUCUCAUCACUCUCACUCUCCUUCGUCCAGCUGGUGCAGCGCCACCUACAGCAACCUAGGUCAAUCAAGAGCCAACAUGAUCCCACUGAAACAGCCAAGGAACCUCAAAGCCUCCAACGAUACUUUGUCCUCCAUGGAGCUUGACGGCUCCACGGAGCAGCCAGCAUCUAAAGCCACACCGCCGCCUCUGCCCAAGAAGGCUGUCCCUCGCUCCAGCACUGAACCCAGCCUCGGGGUCAAAGAGCCCAACCAGGGAGCCCUCCGACCCCGGGCAGAGGCUAAACCAGGCGGCACCAACCUGAGCGUGGCCAACCCUCUGUAUGACUUGGACUCUACCUGGGAGACAGCAAGCCAGAGCUCCUCUCUGAGCUCUGAGCCACACCGAGCUCAUGAUCAUGAGAGUGGCAACUCUUUGGAGAGAUCAUCUGCCUCUGCAGCCACAAGCAAAGCUUGCCUCACAAACAGCGUGUCUGCCCUCAGCCCCCCGCCUACCGCUUCCACACCAGUCACUACCUCUGGCAGGGACAAGAGAGUGUUCCCAAGCACAGAGUCUCUGGGCGGAAGGGGUCGGACUGCGGGCCGUGGAGCCCCUGGCGGAGGGGUCUCCAAGCCACACAGACCCGCUCUUUACAGGGGGUUGGACAGCUGGGAUGAGGUGGUAGGCAGGAUCCGGGGACUUCACACAGACACCCUACGGAAGUUGGCGUCGAAAUGCGAGGACCGCUUCAUGGCCGGCCAGAAGGACCACCUUCGAUUUGGCACUGACAGCUGGUCACACUUCAGGUUGACCACCGGCAAACCGUGUUGUGAGGCAGGGGACGCCGUCUACUACACGGCCUCUUACGCCAAGGACCCACUGGUCAACUACGCCAUCAAGAUCUGUCGGAGUCAUGUGAAGGAGACACAGCAGCAGUUUUUCCACAGCCUGGCGGUGAGACAGAGCCUCCCGGUGCACUUCAACAUCCAGCAGGACUGCGGACACUUCCUGGCUGACGUCCCCGCCCGACUGCUGCCUUGGGAAGAGGAAGAGGAGGGAGAAGAUGAGCAGGAGGAGGAGCAGAGAGACAAGAAUCAUGAAGGACAGACAGGGAUGGACACAAAGCCGACAGACUCUGAAGCGUCGAAAGCUGAGUCGGACGAGGUCCCGGCGAACAUGAACUCGCCGGGCCAGCUGAGGAGCCGAGUGGUGGUCAUCACGCGUGAGGUACCCUUUCAGACGGUGGCGGACUUCGUGGGAGAGGGCGUGGCCCGGCACGCUCACAACCCCGAGCUGUAUGAGCGUCAGGUGUGCCUCCUGCUGCUGCAGCUCUGCUGUGGCCUGGAGCACAUGAAGCCGUUCCACGUCACGCACUGCGACCUGCGGCUGGAGAACCUGCUGCUGGUCCACUGCCAGCCCGGCAACCCCUGGAACCUGGACGUGCUUGAGCCCAACAACAACAGCAGCGGCGGCAGUAGCAACGGCUCGGGGGCCUCCGCCGCCGCCGCCUCCACCUGCCCCGCACGCCUCAUCAUCAGCAACUUUUCCCAAGCCAAGCAGAAGAGCAGCCUCAUGGCGGCCAACCAGGAAACCCUGCGUGACCAAUUGCGGCUAGCGCCUGAGAUCAUCACGGCCACGCAGUACCGCAAGUGCGACGAGUUCCAGACCGGGAUCCUCAUUUACGAGAUGCUGCACAGGCCCAACCCGUUCGAGGAGACGCCGGACCUGAAGGAGCGAGAGUACACCUGGGCGGACCUGCCGCCGCUGCCCGUCAGGUCGCUGUACUCCCAGGGGUUGCAGCAGCUGGCCAGGCUGCUGCUGACGGUCAACCCAUCGGAGCGGAUCCAGAUGUCCGAGGCGCGGGCCUGCCUGCAGUGCCUCCUCUGGGGACCGCGAGAGGACCUGUUCCAGGCCCUGGGCUGCGGCGCCGGUGCCGGCCCCGUGUCCGGGGCCACCGCCAGCCAACGGGAAGCAACGCUGCAGAACUGGCUGGACCUUAAGCGGACGCUGAUGAUGAUAAAGUUUGCGGAGCGUUCACUGGACACGGCCUGCAGCGUGAGCUUGGAGGACUGGCUGUGCUGCCAGUACCUGGCCUUCGCCACCACGGACAGCCUGGGCCGCGUGGUCCACAUCCUGCAGCAGCCGCCGCAGCCCCAGAACCAAACCCAAACACAUCCGGCUCAUGCCCACCGCCUGGCUCAGCCUCAGCAACUCUAAGCUGUUACUAUGACAACACCACCAACUUCUUCCCCUCUAUCUCUGCUCCCCUCAGCUGAUGAAAUGUGAUGUAUGCGAACGGUGAGCGCCAGCCGAAUGCGGAGCCGUUUGUUUUUCCCGUCAGACCGUACGGCGAAAGUCUCAUCAAGCAAGCAGCACGAUCUCAUGAUCAGAUCCCAUUACCGCAAUGUUCUUAAAUCAAGUGCAGGAACAAGCUGAAGCACAGGAGUCUGCAGGAGUCAAUCCGAUCAGAGGCAGCGACACGUUACCAAACAUGGGAGGAGAUUUUAGCCAUCAGGUUCUUUAAUGUUCUGCCAAGACAAAGCUCUUUAGAAUGCUCUCAGCGCCUGAGAUCAUCACAGAUUAGAUUAAUUUUUAGGGUUGAAUUAAAAACAAAUGAUUUGAUAUGGAAAAAUAUGAAACCAAGAUUUUUGUUUUUUAAAGGAAUUUGAUCAAAAUCAAAAUUUUAACUCCAAAAUCACUUACAGGCAAGUCAGUGCGUCUAUGAGGACACUGGGGACAGGGUUAUCUGGCUAAAUCAGAGACAUGUUGGUUUAUGGUUUUGGUAAAGCUUUUAGUUUUAUUUGAAUAUUAGAAGAUAUUAAAAUAUCAUUGAAAUGUGUCUUUUUAGCACUCUGUGAUUAAUUAUAUCAGGAGAACUGGCAAUGUCACACUGUGUGUCAGCAAUUGCUGUACGAAAGGAUUUUAGUAAUUAAAAUGAAAACAAUUAUUACAGAUUUGACAUUAAACCAGCUUUGUCAACUUAUAUUGGUGUUUAGCAGCAUUAGUGCAGUUUGAGUCACAAAAACAGGUACAUCCCAGAUUUCUAAAAGGCUGUCAGCACUUCAAAAAAGAUGAAACGGAGCAAUUCUCCUCUCAAAUGUUUAGCCUUCCUGUUAUGUGCUUGAAGUCUUGCUUUCUCUCGCUCUCUCACAGCCUUAAAAAUCUGCAGUCAUCUUACCACAUAAAAUAAGUAGCUUACUUCUCUGUUCUCCCUCUGAAUUCAGCUGUGACCAACUCAGAUUCAGUCUUUCAUUCAGUAACUUAGCUUUACCAAUCUGGUUUGGCCAUUAUUCAAAAAAAAAUAAAAAAUAAAAAUUACAUUUAUGAGUUACUGAUUUCUAGUUUUAACAGGACUGCCACAUUUCAUCUUAAGGUUGAUCUAUUGCAGACUGGCCCUAAGGUUUGCGUUUCUACACGUUUAAAUCUUGAUUUAAAAACCGAAAGCUAAUCUGCAUUUGAACAGAAUGCCUUUACGUUCACCCUCACCGAAAUGAAACUCGGACACAUCUGCUCCUGAGUCUGACCUUCACUCAAUGUUUGUGCAAUGGAUUGUUUAAUCACAGUGGUUGACUAAUCGACUCCUCCGUUCGUUUUUGUGGCACAUAAACUGGUUUUAUUUCAGUCCUGCAGCUUUUUAGGGGGGAUGAAAAAGAAGAAACAAGUGAAUUUCAGAGUGAAUGACUUCAUCCAUCGGACGGAAUGUUUCGUGGACUGCAAAAAAGCGAGUCUUUGUUCGUUUAUCUUGUUUUUGUCGAGGUGUUUUUGAACAGUUCUGAGUUCUGGAUAUUUGCACACUGAGUCAGAGCGACGCCUCUGCGGACGCCUGGGGUCACAACGUGACGGACGACUGGAAAAAGUUGGGAAUUGGACGAUCUGGUUAGACAUUUGAACUUUGCCGCAUCCUCCUGCUGAGCUGCAUUUUUGAUUGCAUUUUGACAGUAUUGAAGCAUCUUUGAAAGGAAAUGCUCAACCACUGGGAUAUGUUUCUCAUCCUCUUGUUCUAAUCCAGCCAGUCCUGAAGUGAAUCCAGUUCAUCCACCAGCUUUAACUAAAGAGAUCGGUGUUACUGAUCGCAGCGUUUUAGCUUCGAUUCGGUAGAGUCAGUGCAGGUACUUGAGUCUCCGAACCGCCAUUCAACAAACUCAACAAAUACCAUCUUUAACUCGGAUUCAACACUUUCUCUCACAAGUUUACUUGACUGGAUCCGGUUUUUUUACAGUGUACAGACCGCAGCAGAAGCGUUGCUGUGGGAUCAUCACUUGCAGAUGUACAGUAACAAUGCAAUGGUCCACAAAAUGGGGGUGGGGGAAGAAACAAAGUUGGAGUGAGUUUGUUACUGCGGUAGCGUGUGGUGAGGAAUGUGUGUGAGACAGCACUGGUGGCUGGCCGCCUUUAUUUAGAAAAAUAUAUGAAUUUAACCUCUUCCCUAUUUUAAUCUGCACACUGUUUUAUUGAGUACAGAGCACCUCUAUUUCUUGUUAGAGCCUGAUAGUCAUUUAUUCAUUGUUGCUUUACUUGACUUUCUUUCUUCUCGCAUGUUCUGGAGGAAGAAUAAAGUGAGUAGUUAUCACUGUCCUACGCGAACAAACGACCAGAGAAGAUCUCCGUUUUCACACGCCACAGUGUACAGGAUUUCACUGAGUUUGCCUAAUGAGGAGAACAACCACUUUGGCAGAAGGACGUCUUUUGAACCGGCUUUUCGACAAGUUUGAAUGACGCGUCGUGUGUGCCGAUGAAUGCCACUGAGUUUAGUUUUGAAGAACAGGAGCUCUGUAAUGCUUUCUGUGACGACGUGUGGAGUUUGUCCUCUGGCUUCAUCGCCGUCAAUUGUUGAGCAAGUUAGCCGACUGUAACAGAACAAUAAAUAUAUGUUUUUAUAUAUA